AUGAAGCUCGACAAGUCCUGGUCUACUUGCAGUGGCAACAACAAUGACAGCACGGAUGAACGCAGCAGUAGUGCUUACUCUGUGAAAGCCAAGAUCCCGUUCGUGAUCGUGCCAUCUGUCAAUGGGGAUAAAAAGGAGGAGAGCAAGUUGCUCCAGCAGACAAUUCCUGAUGAAAACGUGUCUUCUUCAUGCGGAAUUGCAACUGAGGAAACCACCAGUGUCUUCGCUGCUGUUCCUUCAGCCACAACAGAAGCCCCUCUCGAACCAUCCAUGCAGACCGCCGUUCACCGUGGGAUGAAUAGUGCUUGUAACCAUGAUCAAGGAAGAGCUCCACCCACCUUGGGAUCAGGCAGCUCAUCUGGUCGCAUCCAAGCAGCUGAACUGCGAAGCAAUGCCAUGUACUACAGGUUGGAAUUCUGGAUAUGCCUUGUCGUCGCUUUUGUUGCCGGAUACACCUGCAGAGACUUUCGGGAGGACAGUGGCCAAGUGUUUCGAGAAAAGAUGCAAGCCAACCAACCUGCUCCUGAUCUCCAGAAACCAGCUCUUGACAGCGCGAAGAAUCUUGAGCUUCACUGGAGGGAGAUAGCCAUCGUAGCCUUCAUGAAGUCUGAAAUUGGCAACAUAGAAUCGCAGAAGCUCGCAAGCCGCCUGCUCAGGGAAAAGUUUUGUCGAACCGAGGCCGACGCAGAUCUGCUGAUCAAUGCCGGAGCAGCCAAGGCAUUGCUUGACGCCAUGAUGUUUUACCAAAACGAUGAAACCAUACAACUCUAUGGGGUGAGCUUCAUUAUCAAUGCUUCAAACCAUUCGAAAACAAAUGAUGGGAAACUCGUCGCUUUGGGGGCAGUUGACGCGGUCGCCAAAGCAAUGCAGCUCUUUCCUGACAAUCGGCGGAUUCAACACGAUGGAUGCACUGCAUUCAACAAUUUGCUUCGUGGGUCCCGGGACACAUGCCCUGCUUUGCUCUCAAGUGGUAGCAUCCCACUGAUGGUGAGCGCCAUGGAAAGAUUUCCAGACAACUCGGACAUCCAAGAGCGGUGUUCACGUGCCUUUCGAGCUCUUGCAGAAUCGAACGCCGACAACAUCAACGUGCUCACCAAGGCCGGUGCCAUCAAGGCUGUCGAGUCUGCUGCAACGAAACACAAGGACAAUGAAUGGGUGGUCAAGAGCAGAGACUUUCUGGUUUCCAAAAAGUAG